AUGCCUCCAGCACGCUUCUGGGAAUUCGCACACCUAAGCGACGACUUCAAGAAAAUGGGCUGGGUGGAUCAAGUCCCCCGAGCAGGCAAACUCUACAUUGGCGGUCUACACGCUCUGUACCAAAAACCGGAUUUGUUCGAAAAGGCAAAGAUAACUCAUAUCCUCUCCGUCCUGGACUUUGAUAUAUACGAGGCUGGCGCGUUCAAGGAGUACAAGCACUACAUGCUACGGGUCGAUGACGAUCCGAAUGAAGAAUUGCUUAAGCACUUCAAGGAGACAUGUUCCUUCAUCGACGAGGCUUUGAGGAACGGUGGCGGGGUGUUCGUGCAUUGUGCUAUGGGGAAGUCGAGGUCGGCGACGUGUGUUUGUGCGUAUUUGAUGCAGAGGUUUGAUAUGACGCCCGAGGAUGCUCUGGCGCAGGUCUGUGAGGGACGGCCGGUGUGUUCGCCUAAUCCGGGGUUUAUGGAGCAAUUGAGGGUUUGGAGGGAGAUGCUCAAGGCGAGAGAUGGGGAGAGGGCGGAGGAGAUCUAUCAGAAGUGGUCAAAGGAGCGGUUUAGAGGUGAUUGGUGGACGUGGGAUAAGAGGGGAAGGGAGACGAAGUUAUGA